AUGGCUAAACAAUAUCCUAACCUGAGAACUGAUCAUUUCUGUGUCUCUGUCUCCCCCCUUGGGUUGUGUCAGGCCAUUGCAGAUCUGGAGGAAGAGAGGAGAAGGCAUGCAGAGGACACAGCCGAGGGCGAUGAUGUCACUUGCCUCCUGGAAAAGGAGAGGGAACGCCUCUUGCAACAGCUGGAGUUUGAGCGAGGCCAGUUGUGUCGUCUGGAGAAGGAACAGAAGAAGGUCCUGGAGCAGCUGGAGGAGGAGCGGGUGCAGCAUAAGCAGCUCUCCUCUGCCCUGGCCAAGGAGUGCAAGUGGGCCAGCCAGCGGGCCCUGGAGGAGGGCCACCGCCUGGCUGGGGCAGGCCGUAGGCUGGAGAAGGAGCAGGGAGAAGUCCUUGCCCUGAGGGCUGAGCUGCAGGAGGAGAGGAGGAGGGCCCUGCAGAUAGAGGCCAGGGUGGAGGAGCAGCUGGCUGAGUUCGAUACGGAGAGGGAGCAGCUCCGCUCCCGGCUCAAGAAAGAGGAGGCCCAGUGCUGCCAGCUGCGGGAGCAGGUGGAGGCCCUGAAGAGAGAGCUGCAGGGAGAGAGGGGAGCUGAGGAUGAGAGGAGAGAAUAUCAUGUGGACWCCAGUGGAGGGUCACCACCACCACCCCCACACCCCAGCCAGGCAGAAGGGGGCGAGACUGAGGAACCUAAAGUCAACGGGCACCAUGACUGCCCCAGAGAGGAGCAGGUGCCAGCCCUUCCAGACAGUUUGGGCCAGGACAACUGGAGUGAGAACAGCAGCUCUGUCCUGGGGUCCCCUGCCCUCCUGACCAAAAUUCUAUCCCCCUGCAGCACGGGGCCCUCCUCUGUCAUCUCCUCCCCAUGCUCCUCUCCUCAGCUGGCCACCAGCCCCAGCUACCAGUCCUCCUACCAGGUAGGCAUCAACCAUCGCUUCCACGCYGCUCGCCACAAGUUUCAGGGYCACACUGACCCAGAGCAGCAACAGCAGCAGCAGGGUGGAGGAGGGGGUGGUAGCCUGCCUCACUCCCCCAGAGACCUGUCCCCAACCCCCAGCCCAUCCCCUGAGCCCGUCUCUGUCCCUGUYCACAGCCCGGCCAAGCAGCUGGCCCGCAGCACCGUCACCCAGGUCCUGUCCCGCUUCACAGUCCAGCAGGGGGCCAAACCUCCRCCACCCAACAGUUCUCCCUUUGGCACUGACUACCGUAACCUGGCCCUGGCCCCCUCCUCCCCUGUCAUCCCCAGGGCCUCUGGUGCUGCUCUGCCUCUGGGGGUCCGCUCACCUACCAUCCCCCGAGCAGAGAGGGGCAACCCGCCCCCCAUCCCCCCUAAGAAGCCUGCCCUGGCCCAGUCUCCAGCGUCGCCCAUCCCUGGUACCAGAGCCAACCACUUCCCUGAGCUGUCUGGAAGCUGUGGUCUCACCAGCAGCCAGGAGAAUGUUAAAGAGCUGGAUAUGGUGGUGUCCUCCACCAGCUAGUCUAGCCUGCUACUGGGUGCUACUAGCGCUGUGUUAUUUUACACUGCUCACACGUUUGUAUGCAGAGAGACGCUCCAAAGCACUGUCAAGUUAACUGCGUUGAUUGGAUUUUUUCACAUGCGGUCCAUUUCAUUCUUCUAUAGCGCGAUACACUGAGUUGRCAAAACAUUAGGAACACCUUCCUAAUAUUGAGUUGCACCCUCUUUUAGCCCUCAGAACCGCCUCAAU